GAGGGCAUUUCGUUCCAUCAGAAGCUCUCUCCAGUUUUUUGCCGCACUCUGUCUCUCUUUCUCAAGCUCUCAAGAUUUUAUUUUCUCGAUUCUUCAAGUCUGAGAGACUAAAACAAAAGAUUGUGGAGAGGGAAGCAAAAAUAGAAGAAAGUAAGAGGAAUUGGAUUCUAAAAUGGCGAAAUUCUUUUUGUUCUUCAACGAUCAGGAGUUCUUCUUCCAAGUUUUUGUCAUUAAUUUAUGUUUUCCUGGAGUUUUGUGCCUAGAUAACUAAGAGAGAAAGAGGAAUAAGAUUGAAACAUCGUUAAUUGUAGAGAUUUUGCUGUUCUUUGAUGAUUUUUUCAGAGAAUAGGGGAAGAAUCCGAAUUCAGUUACAUUUCGAGGAGAUAGGAGAGGUUGCCAAGAGAAAUUUGAGGUCUGUCUCAGAAAACAGAGUAUAGUACCUCGCAAAAUUUCUGGUUCUGAUGAUUCCGAAUCUGAGAUUGUGAGGUAUAGAGGCCGCCUUGCAGGCUCUCAAAUAUUGCAAUUUUUUAGAUGUCUGGUCCUGAUCUCGGUUUGACAGAGUUGGGAGACUAAGAACUGAGAAGAGAUUGUAUUCAAUUGCGAUUUUUUUAAUAAUGAAUCCGAGACUUCUCUUCUAGAACGAUGGAAGAAAUUGAAGUGAAAAGCCUAUUGAUUCGAGGUGAAGUUAUGAUUUUUUGCAGCGCUGAAGAUCGGUAGAGGGAAUAUUGCGGUCACGUGAAAUGAAACUCCUCUGACCUUUAUUUCAUUUGUUCCCUUCUCUUCCCCUACUUCACUGUCGUAUAGUGGUUGAAGGGAUUCGGAUUUCCGUGGGUAGAACUCAAUUCCGAAGCAAAGAUUCUAUACACAAAGUUCAUACUUUCAGCCGUUCAGAAAGAAAAAGAAGAGAUGGAAAGGGAGGCAAUGAAGAACAACGGAGAAGGAGUGUGUAGAACGAAUCCAGAGACGACGACGACGACGGACUUCGUGUUGCAGUGGGGAAGCCGGAAGCGACUACGGUGUAUAAAGAUUCAGGUUAAAAAAGGCGAGUCCACUGAUAAUAGGACCACGGUUCGAGUAGACCGGCGCGUCGUUAGAACUGAGAAGGAUAGUUCAAACCGCGCAACCACCAUCUCCACCAACAGUCGUCGACUUUCGCCCUCGUCGCCCCCACCGCCUCCAAGCUAUCGCAUCCUCAGGAAUUCGGAACCGUCUUGUGGCAUGAAAGGGCAAAGCAACGGCGUAAGGAGCUCCUUCUCUUCUCUCGACAGAGGAGAUGAGAGAGCGCAGGAUAAGAAAGCGAACAACCAUAACCAUAGCAACAGCAACCACAGGAACGGCGACGAUCAUAAUAAUGCUGUAGCCGGAGCGUCGGCAUCCUCAGAGACGGCGCAUGAUAUUAAGAAAGGGAAUUCGUCGUCAGGUAGCGAUGCGAUCCCCGUUUGGCCUCCCAAGUUCGUGAUUUCCCUCACCAACAAAGAGAAGGAGGAAGAUUUCUUAACCUUUAAGGGGUCCAAGCUCCCACAGAGGCCCAAGAAACGAGCCAAGUUCAUCCAGAGAACCCUCAACCUUGUGUGCCCUGGAUCAUGGUUGUGCGAUCUUACCCUGGAGCGGUACGAGGUUAGAGAGAAAAAGAUAUCUAAGAAGAGACCAAGGGGCCUGAAGGCAAUGGGGAAUAUGGAUAGCGAGUCGGAGUAAACAUAGCCAGAAGGAAGACAGAGGUAGAGAGACGACUGAGGAAGUCCGUCCGUGUUUUUCAAGAAGGGUCAAGCCAAGGGUUCGAGAUAAUGGUUGGGUUAGGUUUGGUAGGUGGGUGGGUCACUUUUGGAUGUAAAUUACUAUUAAUAUCUCAAAUCUCAAUGCGUUGAUUGACUCUGUCCACUUUUGGCUUUCAUCCUUCUGUUCUGCUACAGUUUGGUAAGGAUGGGAUGGGGAUGAGCAAGUUUUGGUUUCAUGUGCGGAUGAAAGUGUGUGGGCUGUGGCAGAGCAAGUGAAGAACCAUGAAAUUAGAGAUCACCUCCUCGUUUGCCAGAAUAUUCAAUAUUGAUAUCCGACCUUUUCUCUCCUAA